CUGUGUAAUGGACAAAUAGAUAAACAGGCACUGAUCACACUUUCACCUCCACUAUUUAAUUAAAGUGAUGAGUUAUUUAGGUGCUGAUGGUGAUCAGGAUCAGUACUGGGCUUUGGUGUGAGGAUCAUGUGUCAGUUUUCAUGUCAGCAGCAAAUUCAAGCUACUCUCUGUUGUAAUUUGACCCCAUGCAUGAGUUUCUGCUUUUCCUGAGUUACCAGGAUGUUUAACAUGAACUUCCAUGACCCAGAAUGUCCACAGCCACCUAACUAGUGAAAUCCUGCCCCCUGUAGGUUUUCCAAAACACUAACUUCAUUCAUUUUCAUCAGCGAAAAUGAAUUAAAUUUAUAAUGCUUUUGGGUAACUGAGUGCUCAUAUUUGUCUAUGAUACACACAGUACAAUGUAUAGUUAGUCUUACAAGCACUUUAUUGUUGAUGGAGUCUGAGUGCUCCUGAAUGAAACCAGGCAAGGUAAGUGAGAUACUCCAGUGCUCACAAACAAAUAAAGUUUAUUUGAUGAUUUAUUUCAUUUUUGGCAGUAGGUUUUUUUGUACGUCUGGACGUCUACACGUCAUAUAUAAAAAAAAUUAUACAUACAUAUAGAUAUAAAAAAAUGAUCUUUUCCAUAGCCACAACAAUAAGCCUUCCUUUGAGGUUGUUGUUUGUUUUUUUUUUUUGGUCACGAGCCAUAAUUACCAUCUGAGACGAGAAUCUGGUUGGUUCCCUGAGUGUAAGCUCAGCCCAUACUUGUUGGGAAAAAAAAAAAACAAACUUGCUCAGUGUCACACACACUCACACACCCUUUCUCACAGAGCCAGAGAGGUGGAAAGUCAGAGGCAGACAGAACAGGUUCUUUGAACUGGGUCCGAGACUGUAAGCCUGGCAUAAAGAUGUUGGAAUGUCCCAUGUUCUGAAACAAUUUUUCAGGACAGAGUCGUUCCUGACUCUCCUGACUCUAAGUCAGGAAUUACUUAAAUAAGGCUAGGGAAUCAAAUCUGGAGGGCGUGUAGAAAAUGGACCAUCAUCUACCCAGGUCAGGUGCACACAAGCUUAUGCUGGGGUUCCUGUUCACCUGCAUCACGAUGAUGUUGUACUGUUUUUCAACGCCAACAUUCCAAGCCAACACACCAAGAUUUUCAGUGCCAGCUCCAUGUGCAAAUAAAACCCCACCAUGGCAAAAGAAGAAUGACUUUUUCUCUACAACUGAGGUGGAGCACUGUGUGCCAAAAGUGAACCUGAUGUUCUUGAAGACCCACAAAGCAGCAAGCAGCACUAUUCUAAAUAUUCUCCUGCGCUUUGGGGAGAAGAACGGACUGAAAUUCGCUCUCCCCAAUGGUCGCAAUGAUUUCUCCUAUCCAGCUACAUUCACACGCAUGCAUGUGAAGGAUUACAGGCCAGGUGCAUGCUUCAAUAUCAUCUGCAACCACAUGCGUUUCAAUGCUCCUGAGGUCGAAGCGCUUCUACCGGGUGAUGCAUUCUUCUUCACCAUCCUCAGAGACCCUGCUCUGGUCUUUGAGUCCUCGUUCCAUUACUACAACAGAGUCGUGCCCUUGACAUGGAGGAUCCAUGGUGAGGAUAAACUAACAGGUUUUCUGAAUGAUCCACAGCUCCACUUUAACUCAGAAGGCUUCAACUCCUUUUAUCUGAAGAACCUUCAUUUUUUCGACCUCGGCUUUGACAACACAUUGGAGCCAGAGGAUCCGAUAGUGGACAGCGCCAUUCGUGCCAUUGCGGAGCGCUUCCAGCUCGUCCUGAUUGCCGAACAUUUCGAGGAGUCACUCAUUCUGCUCAAGGAUGCUCUCUGCUGGCAGAUGGAUGACUUGCUGUUCUUCAAUAUGAACACACGCAGGCCUACAAGUGUGUCCCAGCUCACGCCCGAGCUGAGGGCCAAAGCGCGUGAGUGGAACGGAGUUGACUGGAAGCUCUACCGUUACUUCAAUGCCACGCUCUGGGCCAAAGUAGACGCCUACGGGAGGAAGCGCAUGGAGAAGGAGGUGAAAGAGUUGCGCCAGAGGAACAGCGAGAUGGCAGCCAUCUGCAUUAGCGGUGGGAUGGCUGUGGAGGCUCAGGACAUAAGGGACCAAAGCAUGAGGCCCUGGCAGCCUGUUGGAGAGAGCUCUAUUUUGGGAUACAACAUGAGGAGCAACAUUGAGCAGCGGUACAGGGAGCUCUGCCGAAAGAUGCUAACGCCCGAAAUUCAGUACUUAACAGACCUGGGAGUCAAUCUGUGGAUGACCAGAUUAUGGGGCUGGUUCAAAGCUAUUUUAACACUAUGAUUUAAAGAAAUAAUGCCAUUCUAUGUCUGACCUCAUCAUUCUGAAAAGAACUACACUAUUUGUUUUAUUUUAUAAAAUAAAAUAUAGUGAACACAUUUCAUGACAUAACUAUGACACAUUUCAUGACGUAACUGUGCCAUGCAGUAAAUUAGCAUGUUUAAUAAUUAUUGUGUGUGUAAUAAAAUAUAAAAUGUUUAGAUAUAACCUAAUAUGAAAUUCACUAUAAUCAUUCAUGAUAUUGUUUUAGAGAUAAUCAAGAGAAGGCAAAAAGCAUCUGAUCCACGCAAGGUCCAUAACAUUUUUUUCCCCCUCCUCUUUGAUUGCUGAUGACUUUGCCACCUUCUCUGCUAAGAAGGUGGCAAAGGUCUCAUUUGCCAAAAUCUGUCAGUUUCCCCCCCUCCUGCCCUUAUUCCUACACUGCACAAUCUGUUUUCACAAUCUGUUUUCCCCUCCUUUCUCCUUAACACAGUUUUCUCCCCUUUCUACAGAAGCUUCUCUUCUCCAUCAAUCCUACCAUUUGCCUGCUAGAUCUCAUCCUUUCCACAAUUUGAUCUGGCAACAUCUCCUCUCCUUCAUCACUAACAUUAUAAUCAUCGGGUCAUGUAUCGACUACCUUCAAGACAGCAAGGGUUAAACUGAUUCUGAAAAAGCCCACACUGGACAUCUCAGACAUCACCGACUGACCGGUAUCACGUCUCUCCUUUCUUUUUUAAAUUCUUGAAUGUGCCGUAUACUCUCAGUGGUCUAUGUUUCUUAGCCAGAAGAACUCCAAGAUCCUAACCAGUCUGUCUUUAAAGCGGUAUACUCCACUGAGAAGCUUCAUGCCACUACAUCAGCCAAACUAUCAUCAGUCCUCAUUCUUCUUGACCUCUCAGCAGCCUUCAACAUGGUCAAUUACAAGACUCUCCUGUCCAUCCAAGGGGAAUAAGUCUUAGAAUCAGUUUCACAGAAUAGCAGUGGUAUGGCAGUGGCAGUGGGACAUUCAUAUAGUGUUAUGGAGAGAAUACACAUCUGCUCCAUGCAUACUCUCCACUGGUGUUCCCCAAUGCUCAGUUCUCUGCCCUCUUCUAUUCUCCCUCUAUACCCGCUCUAUCAGUGAGGUCAUAUCCUCAUAUGGUUUUCAUACCACUGCUGUACUUUUGACACUCAACUCAUUCUCUCCUUUUCCAAGUAGGAUGUUGUUUAGCUUUUCCAAAGAUUCAGACACAGCCCUGCUCAGAUCACACCAUCUGACAACACAGGCAACCUUGGGGUAGCUCUGUUCAACCAUCUAUAUUUCUGUUCUCAUGUUGCUAACCUUAUUGUGUCAUUCAGUUUCCAACAUCAGAAGGAUCUCCACAGAAGCCACUUAGGUGCUUGUUUAGAACCCUAUUCUAGCUUUUUCCCUAGAUGUCCGAACAGUUGUGUUACUGUCUGCCUUCACACAAAGACUGAAGACCUACCUCUUCAAUAAGCACAAAAAUUUGCACUAAUUUAAAGAAAUAACAUCUUAACACCUGUACUGUUUUUGUUGCUAUAAACUUGUUGUGCUAACUCCUCAGAGCCACUGGAGCAGAGCACAACCUUCUGAUCAGCAGCCCAGGGCCCUAGCCACUGGUGGUGGUUGCCUCUGUGGAGUUAUGACUAAUUAAAGAAAACUUGUUGCUUAUAAACUUGUUAUGCUAAAUCCUCAGGGGCAGUUGUGCUUCAUUGUUUAGGGUCCUGGGCUGCUGAUUAAAAGGUUGCACUCUGCUCCAGUGGUGCUCGAUUAUGGCAGACCCUGUGCCCUAAUCCUAGCUUCCUAACAAGCUGGGAUACAUGAAGAAAAGAAUUUCACUGCACCGUACUUGUAUGUGUAUGUGUGACAAUAAAGGCUUUCUUUUCUUUCUUUCUGUUUCCUAAAACACUGUGAGACCCUUACCUAUUUGUGCUGGAUAAGGUUAUCAACACAUGAUCAGAACAAACAGAAAUAAAAAAAAAAAGAAGUGGCCUAUUAGUGUCUUGUAUCAUAAGAUACCUAUUUUCCUCAACACUGUUAUUAAGUUCCACUAACUAGCAACCUUAUACUGCAUACCAUUGCUCUUAGGCAAUACGUAAUGUUUUGGACCUUAAUACUUGUGUUUGGUUGAUCAUAUGCUCAAGAACUUUCUGAUAAAGUUGUAGUAUGUGGUAUGAUAUAGAAUGUUGCCCUCCUUUCAGGAAGAGGAACUACCAUGUGGUGUGCACCAGCAAUAAGUCAGUGUGUUUAGAAAUGUGUUAUUUAAAUUUUUUCCUAAAUUUACAUUUAACUCAAGUCUGAAGAAAGCCUUACAUUUCUCAACACUGCCCUGGGACGGUGUUACACCAUUAUUGUCCUUUUUGGUGGACUAUAUGAAAAGGUAUCUAGACAUACAGUAUUCUUAUGGUUUUGGCUUAGUUUCAUUAGUAACCAAUUCGUUUUCAACAGUAACUAAGGCAGUUAGAUAUACCUAUAGACAGUGAGGUCAGUAUGAAUGGGUCGACAGAUCAAGAUUUAAACAGCAGUCAUAUGUUACGUUGCAUGAGAGUCCUGAAAGGUAACUAAUAUGUAAAUUUACUGAACAUGCUCUAGUAUGUUGUAUUAGCAAGGGAAAUAAUUGUCAUUUUUCCCCAUCAAGUUUCCCCAUAGUGAGUGUUCCCCAUGUCAAUGAUCAUAAUUUCUCUGCAUAGUUUAUCAUUGAUGCAUUUAUUAUUUAUGAAUUUUAUUGCAGUGCAGUACCUUCUGUGCUAUCAUCAGAUGAGUCAACUCCUUAAAAGGUACAAGUAACACAUAAAUUAUGUUUUACUUGUUGUACCUAUUUAAGGAAUUGAAUCAUCUGAUGACAGAACAAAUAAAGGUGCAGUGGACCAUGAGGAGAAUGGCCUAAUUCCUCUACAAAUUCCUAGAGCGACUGGACUCCCUACUAAUUUUUUGAACUUCAGUGCUUUAAGUGGUAUCUAUCUUAGUUUAGAUAAUUAUCAUCAUUUUCAGUGCCAGUGCAUUUACAUUGACAAUAGAGCAUAUAAAACAAGCAGUUGUGGGGUAAGGCCCUCUCUCAGAAGCCCAACAGUGGCUCUCUGGAAGCCCUGAUGAUUUGACCACACAAUCUUGUGAUCAUUGCUCCAUAACCACUUAAGCCACCUCUAUGGGAAGGCAUAACAGGCUUCCUGCAUUUCACAGACAAUAGCAUGCAAUCAGGUGAAGAUAAGCCUGACUCUGAGAAUCAACCCCAUCUUCCAAAGAAAUCUAAUCAAGUGAAUGAUUGAGUCAUUACACAAAACACGAUACACAGAACACCAUCCAAUGAAUGCAAAGCCACAAAAUCAGAAAUAACUUGGGAAAUGUUAUUGGUGUGUGGGCAGUCAUCAUCAAUGAGCAGUCAGUUAGAUAAGUGAAAAAAAACAUGGAUAAUUAUAAACCCACACCAUGUCAAUGAAAAUACAAUUUAAAAAGAAAAGAGAAACCAAAGAAUUUCAUUUUCAGAAUAAAAACAAACAAUGAACUAAAAUGAGCAUCAACAUGCUUGACACAUUGUCUCUGAGCUUGUUAAAGAGCUGGACUUGAUGGAUGAGUAUGUGAGGUGAAAAGCAAGAAAGAAGACUGCUUUCUGCAUAUCACACAAGCUACUCAAACACUUAUAAUGGUUUUAUAAUGGAUGAUUUGUUAUAUAGUAAUGUAUGUAUCUUAUUUUGCAUGAGAUGAGUUGUGGGACAAGAUGGUCAGGGCUCUAUGUCUUGGUUCAGGCAUAGCAGGGUUGGGAGGGGAGCCCUGCUUUGGUUUCUGGCAAGGAGACCAGGAUUUACAAAUCCAUCCCUUCCCUUAAAAGUUAUGUAAACUACAUAAGCUAUAUGUUAAAAGCUUUUUGUUCUAGAAGGCUCUAAAUAGUAUUCUACAAAAAUCUGAGGUACGAUUCUAAGGUUGUAGUUCCCAAGCUGGAUGAGCCAGUUUAAAAAGCAUACAACUUACUGGCUCAUCAGUGUCCCAAUGCAAAUUGUUUUAGCUCAUCAGGAUAUCCGAUGCAAUGGCACUGUUUGGGAAAAUUGAUUGCCAAGUUGCAACACAGCUGACUUCAGAAAAGGCCAUGGAGCAUUCUAGGAGAAUCUAGUUCUUGUUCUAGUGACUACAUUGCUGCACAUGAAGUGAAUAGAUGUGAAAGGAUAUGACUGAGAGUACAGUCAUCAUGUGGAUGCUGGAGACUCUCAUUACCCUCCACUGGAUCAAGAUCAGACCCAAGAAUUGUGGCUGGUGUUAAAGUGGUAAUGACUUAUUGUCCAAUCUGUAGAUAUGAUUGUGAGUGCAACACUUUAUAGUGCUAUUUCAAGCUCUGCAUUGACAUUGUGUAGGUAGGGCUUUUGCAAACAUGAAGAAAGUGAAACAGCAGUCACACAUGCACCACAUGGAGGCAUCAGACAGCAUACUAGAUCACCAUGUCUGACAAGAAGAGAUGAUGCAAAAGGAGUGUGUGCACAGAGCAACGCAACCAAAAGUGGAAAUCCCAUAUGAAGCUACUCAAGUAAUAGUAACAAACUAUAUUUGAAAAAAGACAAGAAUAAUAUGCUUUUUAAUAUACAUUCAUCAUUCAUUCAUCUUCAGUAAGCACUCUGGUCAGGGUCAUGGGGGAUCCAGACCCUAUCUGAACUGCACAUGGUGCAAGGCAGGAAUACACCCUGAAUAAGAGGAGCUCAGAUGUUCAAAUUUUCCCCAACCAUCUCUUUUUGCAUUUUUGUGAAAUUAAGCCUUCAUGGUGCUCUUACACAACAGUCUAUUAAAGUUAUGAGAUUAUGUACUGUAGUCACAAGCUGUUGUCCUGAGGCAACAGGAAUACAUUUUUUUUAAAUCAAUUCAAAAAUUCAUUAUUCAGAGGCAAAAAGCAUUUGGUAAAUGCAAUUAAAUAAUUUUUGAGCUAAAAGAAAUCAUGCAGUACAUGUAUAAAUAAAUUGUACUACCAGUUGGAUGCUGAGGAUGGCACUGAGGAGUCAGAAGACUGCAUGUUCUCAUACACUUAGGGUUGGCAUGGGGUUCAUGUUAAAGGCAGACUACUUUUAGCAGUUACAGGUGUUUGAACUGGCUACACACACACACACACACACACACACACACAGUAUAUACACAGUACUGUGCAAAAGUCUUAGGCACCCUAUUUUUUUAGUCCAAACUUUGUUAUAGAUGUUUAUUUUAUGACUUCUACAUUAUCGAGUCAGUACAAAAACAUAUUAGAUUUCCAAACAUUAGGUUUCCAGCACAAAAUUAAAUGUUACAUAAAAAUUAUAUAAGAGACACUUUUCAGAUAAAAACAUAAUGAAUGCUGGCUAUUGCAUGCAAAAAUAAGAAGCAAGUGCAACAGUUAAAGUCUCCAGAAGAACUGUGGCUGGUUCUGCAAGAUGCUCAGUAACACUUACCAGAUAAUUUCCUUAUAAUUAUUAUUAUUAUUAUUAUUAUUAUUAUUAGUGACAGUUAUGGCAAAUAUAUGAACAACUUGGUAUCAAAUUAAAUAAAUAAUAAUAAGCAUUUAAUUAAGCAUUCAAUAAGAUAAUAAAACGUAGAUGCAUAUUAUAUACUCAAACAAUAAAUAAAUUGAUAUUUUUUUCUUACACGAUUUUACAUUUUCACAGAAAAACACGUAGCUGUAUCUCUUUAAAGCGCAACGGCCAUUUCAGUUCUAACCAAUAGAAAUCAAGAGCAGCCACCUCUUCGCGUCUCUAUUGGAUAACGGUGAAGAAAGCUCUGUCCAAUCAGCGAUGGUUUCCGGCCGGAACCAAACUGCUGUCCUGUGAGCGCGCCUUUCGGGUGCGCACGCUGAUUGGAUGCGUUCCAAACCAGCUCCCUCCUCCCUGUAUAGGACUACUACAUAGGGAGUGAGAUAACAAAGUCUACACCCUAUAUAGUGCACUUUGUGUGCAGGAUGGCGCGAUUUGGGAUCGAGCCCUUCCCACGUCAGACUGAGGGGAGCCUGGAGGACUCUGCCUGCUGCCGUGCCGAGUAAGCAGUCUGGCUGAGGCUGCAGUGCAGCCCGAAUGGGGCGACUGGCCCCACGCCAUUAACACCAGUCCCAAUGAGAUCAGUGUGGACUAUAAUCACGCAGCACUGAAUAUUGAAUUGCUGAGCACCUCUUGGUGAAACCUGUUUGAGUUUUUUUUUUUUCCUUCAGAGCAACAUUUUCCUAUAGUAUAUACAAGGCUGUAUUUCACUCUUUGAAGCAGUUUUGGAAACCAGUCGGUGGAAACAAGACAAGAACAAGAUUUUAACUAGAUCUCCAAUCCUCUGCAGUGCACGAGCUGUUGCUCCUGCAGACCGACAAUCAUGCUUCCUGCUGCAGAAUUGAACUGACAGGCGCGAUGGAGGAUCCCCAGAGGGUUAACAUCUGGGCCCCUGCGCAGGCCAGGGCGAUGGGGAGCCACAGCGAAAAUUCGACAUUCCUUCAGCCUGAUGUAGGAUAGAAGUGGUUUAUUAACAUGGAGUCUCCUUUAACGGAGUCUGACGAGCCUCCCUGUAUAUUUUUGUUUCCUAAAUUGUGUAUAUUCUCAUUUUUAUGGUAUGUGGUAAAGAUGAAAUAUGACUCUGGGGCUGUUUUCCUCCCCAUCUGUGUGAUUUUUUUAAUACUAUGAUAGAAACGCUUGGGACUCUAAGCCUUGAUGAUAAUUUCAUGUUCUUGGGAGGACACAAAGUAGCGCCAAACGCCACAAAGCACCUUGUGACAGAGCUGACAGAUUGGAGCUGUACAGACCUGCACGUCUGCAUCGUUUACAACCUCCACAGGGCCGAGAAAACCUGCAGCAGCAUGUCAUCCACUUGUCCACUACCUACAGAAGCAGGAUCCUUUUUUUGUCCCAGUGUUCGUACCAUUGUGUUUCUCCACAGACUCUCCAAGACUUCAGUAUUGAAUAUUGUUCCAAUAUUAUAUCUUCCAGUCACACUGCUUGGGGCAAAUACUUCAAGAGGGAGAAAUAAAUUAUCUACAUACCCACAAUCCAACUACACACUUUUCCAGCACACACCCUGACACUAAACUCUGCCAGAAUUCAUCAGUCAGUUUGUCCCUCUGUUUCUUCAUUUUCAGAUCCACCCUUAACCUACAGCAACUGAUCUUGUCUUCACACACUAAACUACUGAAACCUAUAUUCUCACACUUGACAGUAUUUACUGAGGCUAAGAGUCCCCAAUUCCCACGCAGUUACUAGACGCUUUGUAGUACACAGUAAUUUUUAAAUUUUUUAACCUUGCUUUGAUUAAAGUUUUUUUUUUGGGCUUCUUUUUUUUUUCUUUUGCUUUGCCAGUAUAUUAAAGUGUAAUCAUGUGCGUUGUGAUAUAGAAGUAGCUGUAGAAACCGCAUUGUUUCCUUGUGGUAAGUGACUGAGAUGCUGCCACGGAUUUGAGACACUGAUGAAUGGUGCUAUUUUGGACUUUAAUCUGCUCCUUGGUAAGGUAGCCGAGAUGGUUUUUAUUUCAUAUCUCUUCACGUUUGGAGAAGGUGUUUGGUUCUUUGUCAUAUGGUUGUUGUAACUUGGUCUGGAUUGACUUUUUUUCCUCCUCCCCUCCCCUCCCUCCCUCCCUCCCUCCCUUCCUCGUUUCUGUGCGGCUUUCUCUUUGGAUUUAAAAAAAAAAAAAAAAAAAAAAAAAAAGGAUGCACACUAACAAAGACCACGAAGAACAUUUUUCUCUGAAGAGACGGUCUCAUUCAACAUGAUGAUCGCAAAAAAAAAAAAAACAGCGGGAGCAAUCACAAAACUGCAAUUAUUAAUGUUUUCCCUUUAAGGUCGAGAGCUGAUAUGAUGGAUUAGUCACACUUACUGGCACUAGAUUAUUUGGCAGUGGCAAAAUAGCAUACCAUCUGUGAGUGUUUUCUCCUUGAUGGUACUAUCAAGGACCUGUCUCUAGGAAUGUAUUUAGCACUUAAAGAACGCAAAACGAUGGAACUUUGGGCAGAGAGUUGGUUUCUUUUGAGGUGUCUUUUGCUUAAUAUGUAAAUAUAUGUUCACCCAGGGUAAGGUACUGUUAAGAGCCUUUCCUGUGGGACAACUCCAAAAUCAUACUUUACUGGGAAAUCGUCCAUGGAUAGGUUGGUUCAAGGUUCCCAAUCAGCAGCAUAGCAGCAUUGUCUUCACCAGCCAGUAAUUAUAAGAUGCUUCUAGCAGCCAAGACCCUCACGUCUCACAGCACACAAUCUGAUCAUGCUCCUUGCUAAGCUGAAAAUGUAGCACUGAUGAAUUAGUGUUCAUCAACCUUUUUUUUUUUUUUUUUUUUUUUUAAUUAAACAAAUGGUUUUGUGAAUGACUUGUAGGUCGCAUUGAGGAUAGAAACCAAAAAGCUUUAUUUAUUUUGGGUAAUUCAGUAGCAAACUGUCGUCCUUCAGUAUUUGCAGUUUUGUCUUUGCUUCCAGUUUAACAUAUACUUUGAACAAUCCCAAUUCAACGACCAACUUGAAAGCCCACUUUAGUUUCUUUGUCUUCCUUUUUUUUCCACUAUAGUGGGAACCUUCCCAGCUUGCUCUAGAUCUUCCCUAGUGCAUCAGCUGCAUGCUUUCUGCUUUGAUUCGUUUUCAUCUUCAUCUUGACUGUUUGCAUUUUCUCUCAUAGGCUAGGUAUUCUAGCUCCUGUAAAUAGCAUAGAUUAGGUAGGGUCUGCUGUACUAUGUUGAAAUACUAUAAUAACUAUUGGUGUAAAAAGAAAAAAAAGUCAGCUUGUGAUCAAUAAUGAAGCACUCUGUAUUGUACAAGUAAUUUUGACAAUUUAAGCAGUAGUUCAAUAAACAUUCAAGCUCUCAA